AUGCAUAUUCUCGGCGAAGAUCUCGCUAAAGCGCUCAAGCUGUUGCAAGAUGUUCCUCUGAUAGAUGGGCACAACGACUUCCCCUACUUUCUUCGUGGAUGGUACCCAGAUCAAGUGAACACCGUGGAUUGUCAGCACAUGCCCAUUGCCCAUACAGAUCUGGAACGACUGAGCCAAGGUCGGGUUGGUGGAGUAUUUUGGAGCGCCUACGUCCCUUGCCCAGAUGCCAAUGCCGGUAACGAUUUCUCAGUUGAUGUUCAUCACCACUGUUUAAGAGAAACCCUGCAACAAAUUGACAUAAUCCAUGGACUUAUCGAGCGAUAUCCCAAGAAUCUUGGCCUUGCAACAACAUCGACUGAGGUUUGGAAUGUCUUCAAAUCGGGCCGAGUGGCAAGUCUGAUUGGCGUUGAAGGGUUGCACCAAAUCGCCAACAGCCCCGGGGUAAUGAGAAAUUUCCAUCGUUUGGGAGUACGGUACAUCACCUUGACUCACGACAGCAACAACCUCUACGCUGAUUCUACGAACUCUACCGGGCCUUUUCACGGAGGCUUAUCCGCUGAUGGAAUCUCGAUGGUGAAAGAGAUGAAUCGAGUCGGAAUGAUCGUGGAUUUGUCCCAUACGUCCAUCGCUACCCAGAAGCACGCUUUGGCUGUUUCAAAGGCCCCCGUCAUAUUCUCCCAUUCUUCUUGCUCUUCGGUGACCGAGCACGCGCGCAAUAGCCCGGAUGAUGUGCUGGACAUGCUACAGCGUAACGGUGGGGUCUUCAUGAUUACGUUCAUACGAAAAUCUACGGAUUCUAUCAAUCCAUGCUUGGAGAGGGUGGCUGACCACGUCCAACAUGUCGGUGACCGGAUUGGGUAUGACCAUGUUGGGAUCGGGUCUGAUUUCGACGGUGUAAUGCAGACAGCCUCGGGUUUGGAUGAUGUUUCCAAGUUUCCCCUUCUGAUUGCUGAACUUUUGAAACGGGGGGUUUCGGAACAAUCCAUUCAAAAUAUGAUUGGCCUGAAUGUGUUACGUGUCAUGGAUGCUGUCGAGCAAGUCUCAACAGCAAUGAAGGAAGCAGAAGAAGAGGUGCUAAGCGAUACGUUCGAGGAGAUUUGGGAUAGUAAAGUGCGAGAAGAAGUUAGGAAGACGAGAGGGGUGUUUGAUUGA